AUGAUUCGAUUCAUCCUGAUCCAAAACAGGCAGGGCAAAUCUCGACUGUCCAAAUUUUACGUUCCGAUGGAAGAUGAUGAGCAAGUGAGGGUAAAGGGGGAGGUGCAUCGGUUGAUAGCUCCUAGGGAUCAAAAGUAUCAAAGCAACUUUGUCGAGGUGAGUUUGGGGGGAGACUUUUUGAUUCUGGGGCAGAAGAGUGGGAUCAAAUUGGGAGAAGGAGCAUGUCGCCUUGCUUCACUACGACGAGGAUGGCACAGUGGCGCGCGCAGAGCUGUUCCACUCACCUCUUCGACGCUGUGCACAAGUGUUCGAUGACCUGAGCGUAUCAGACGGCCUUCUCAUUCGCCCACGCACUCUGCUUCAUCCCCUACGGAUCAGUUUCGUAAUCACAAAGUGGUGUAUAGGAGGUACGCUGGAUUGUUCCUUUGCGUAUGUGUGGAUGCAAACGACAACGAGCUGGCAUACCUAGAAGCGAUUCAUCUGUUCGUCGAGGUCCUAGGUGAGUGCUCGCGCGACAAAGAGGAGAUCAAAGCACCGAGGGUUGAUGAGGGCUAGCCAAGGCAAAUCCGGAUGCAAUGGGACAAGCGCACCUCGUCGCGAGACCCAACAAUCAUCUUCAUAGGGAGAGACGCACAAGGCACGACUGUAGCCUUGACGUCAUUUCUUUGCCACUUUUCCAAAAGACACCUUCUUCGGCAACGUAUGCGAGCUGGACCUCGUCUUCAACUUCUACAAGGUGAGCCAAAGCGCGCUCAUUUGCAGACCGGAACCUCUCGAGCGCAAUGCUCUCCAAUUCCCUCACGACCUGUUCCUCUUUGUCCCCAACUCAACUCUUCGCACGCAGGUCUAUGCGAUCCUGGACGAGAUUUUCCUGGCGGGCGAGAUUGAAGAGACCAGCAAGCACGUCGUGCUAGCGAGAUUAGAUCAGCGUAAGUCGCUUGUUGCCCAAAAUCCUGAUUCUGCAGAUUGCGCAGCAGGUGCUCAGGCUGAUCAACCGCGUUGCCCACAUAGUGGAGCGUCUGGAGUAG